GCUACUACUGGUUGUUCCUCUACUACUUCUUUAUGUCUUCGCCCACCACUUCCCUCUUAAUUUAUAAAUUUAUUUCCCUUUAUUUGUUGCUUCACUUGUAAAACUAACCAUAUAAAAAGCUGUCUCUUUGCUUGUAAUGUUCUUCCUCUAAUUUGUGAGGAAAGGUAGUCCCCAUAUUUAUACUUGUUAAGUUUGUCAUUAAUUUGCAGGUUUUUUUAGAGAGAUGAGUGAUAAUAAGCCAAUCUCAACAAGCGGCGAUGGAGGAGAUAACUGCAACAAAGUGGUGGUGAGGUACAAGGAAUGCCUAAAGAACCAUGCAGUAGCCAUUGGAGGGAACGCCACAGAUGGGUGCGGGGAGUUCAUGGCAAAUGGGAAAGAAGGCUCCCUCGAGGCGCUCAUCUGCUCGGCUUGCAACUGCCAUAGGAACUUCCAUCAAAAAGAGACAGAAUGCAGUGGUUGCUGCCCCUCUGAUUAUGGGCGAAAACUCAUGUUGGGUCAUCUUCAAAGUUACAUGUUGAGGUCCUCACCGCAACCGAUGACACUGUCGUACAAAGGUGGAGGGUCGAUCCCAUCAGAAACAAAUGAGAAAGAUGAUGGGAAAGUGAGGAAAAGGUUUAGGACCAAGUUCAGCCAAGCACAAAAGGAAAAGAUGUUGAGCUUUGCAGAGAAGGCUGGUUGGAGAAUUCAAAAGCUGGAUGAGAAUGCGGUGCAGCAGUUUUGCCAAGAGAUUGGAAUCAAGAGGAGAGUCCUUAAGGUGUGGAUGCACAAUAAUAAACAAAGCUUUGCAAACAAAAACAAUAUCUCUGCUGCUUGAAUUUAUUUCAGCAUUAUCUACAUCUUUCUUACUAUAUUCUUAUAAUUUCAUCUUAGGGUUUCUCUUCUUACAACUAUAAUUUCCCAUC